AUGACCGAGGGCAAUAAAUUAUUUAUGAACAAGAGAAAUGGAAGCACCGAUGAAUUUACCAUGCUUGGUUGUGGUCCUUCUGCCAAAUUUAAUCUAUUGAGAAGGUCAUGUUCUUGCAGGAAGUUCGACUUGGUGAAAUUUCCAUGUGCUCAUGCAAUGCCAGCAUUGCAUUUGAAGCACGGGGAUGAUUACGGUACUAACAUUUACAACUACUCUUUGCCCAUAUAUUCGAAAGAAUCAUACCUCCUUGCAUACUUGAAACCUAUUUGUACAGUACCUCUGGAGUCGGAGUGGAGUGUGGUUUGGGAGUACCUAGAAAUACAAGUUCUUCCACCCGAUUUCGAUCCCAAACUCGGGGGGAGGAAGGUGAGAUGCGUUAAGGGUGUGUUGGAGCCUUCAAGGCCCAAGAAAACGAACAAAUGCUCCAAGUACAAAAGAUCGGGACAUAAGAGAACAACAUACAGGCUUAACGUAGGAUAA